AUGGACUUCCUGAAAUCCUUGUUUGUUGGGAGUUUUAGUUCAAAAAACCUUGGAUUUUUGCAUCACGUGUCGGGGUCUAAAAACAGGUUCCUGUUUCAGAACCAUAACACCCGUUUGUGGAAAAGCUGUCACAACCUGCUCCCAAGAGAAACCAUGUGCUUUAUGCCAGACUACUUGAACGCUGUCACCGCACUCUAUCCCAUCAAGCUCAUGAAGACGGUCAGAUUGAGGGUGUCUGAUACUGAGCAGCUUCUUCUGGACCCAGAGCUUAAUCUCAAGGUUGUAGUUCUGGUGAGAGAUCCUAGAGGAGUAUAUGCGUCCAGAUCUGCUGGUCCUAUAGCUGCCUGGUGCAAGAAGGACGCGUGCGCAGAUCCCGUGGUUGGUUGUGAAAACAUAUUCAUGGAUGUUCAGUCUGCUAAAGAUUUGGAGAAAAGGUAUCCAGGACGGAUUUUCCUAAUCCGGUAUGAAGAUCUAAGUGUAAGCACCGAGGAGGUGGCCAAAUCUUUACUCCGGUUCCUAGACCUCCCCUGGACCCCGGAGAUGACCAACUUUAUCGUGACGCACACCUCCAUGGAUAAGAAGGAGAUUGUGAGGAAUAGGGUGACCAAGAAGGUGAAGAAAGAAACCAGUCCUUACUCCACCAGCAGGAAUUCUACUGCUACAGCUUUCAAGUGGAGAACUAGUCUAGACUGGGGGAAUAUUACUACUAUACAGAAUUCAUGCAGUAAACUAAUGGACUCUCUUGGAUAUGUCAGCUUGAAGGAUGAGUCGGAAACCAAGUCGGAGAAAUUUCCGAUAACCUUGACGCCUCAGGAGCUCUGGCCAUACUGGAGCUAGUUUUUCCCCAACCCUAGAGAAAUUCAUUCUUUAUUCUAAAGUUGGUCUGGAGAAAAAUCUUUCUUGUCUUCUUGCCGCUUAGAGAUAAUUCGUCCCAGAUCCAUAAAUCCGGCGGAAAAUACCCUUUUUUACAUAAUUUAAAAAAAAUCGUAAUUAAGCAAUUCUAAAACCAAAUUGUCCCAU